UCAAAAGUAUCAGAUGCUACGUGUCACACUGUGCAAUGGACACGUCUUUCCGUCACGUAUCACCGGCCCAAUUCCAAAAUCUCGCACAAUUAGCAUCAUCAUCAGUUCAGUUGCAUCUUAUUGCAGAAUCCUAAUUAAAUUAUAAAAUAAUAAGUCAUGGCAUUUCUCGCCGGACUCUUUCGUCACCGGCAACUUCUAUCUUUUCAAGUUCGGCCGAAUUGUAGCUACUCUUGUAGUUGGCGAUAUCUCUUCUUAUAUCCGAGUUCUAAAACUAGGUGGUUCAGUAGCGGAAGCACUGAGUCGACUCAGUCAGAAUUUCCCUUAGAAAAUGCGUAUAAUAUCUUAGGAGUACCGGAGACCAGCUCAUUUUCUGAAAUCAAAACUUCGUUUCGAAAAUUAGCCAAGGAAACUCACCCGGACCUUGCUGAUUCAAAGAACCACUUGUCUGCUUCAAAACGUUUCAUUCAAAUCCUUGCAGCUUAUGAGAUACUUUCAGAUUCUGAGAAGAGGGCUCACUAUGACCUGCAUCUUCUAUCCCAAAGGAAGCUUAUGCAAAAAAAGUCUGGACAAGGUUCAAAAUUGUACAUGUAUGAAUCCCACAUGACAGCAAGCAAGCAAAUGGAAGUUGUUGAAUGGUUAAAGUGGUAUAGAUUUGCUAUAAAUGAUAUAGUGUCAGAGAAGAAGGUUAUAGCUGGAACGGGCUACUUUGAUGUACUUCAAGCAGAUUUUUAUUCAGCCAUACAUGCAGCAUACUAUGGCCCUUUAAUUGAGUCCAUGGACCUUCUUCCUGAUCGCUUUGAAGCUGAGGAGAGGUCUGUGUAUGAAACUCCAGAGGUGCUGCACUUGGUUUCAGGGCGUGAUCUUUUUGGAAUGGUCUGCUUGGCUAAUAAUAAUCUCAGAUUGUCUUUUGCCUGCAAUAAAAAGCUGACUCCGACGAACAUUGGUUUGGACAUGUGUUGGUCUGUUGAGAAUGCAGGCAGUUGUAUGAAUUCUAAUGUAGUAAAUGAUGUUCUAAUUUCUCCCCAACAAGCCAAUAAUAAUACAAGUCAUGAAUCAGAUGCAUAUAAAGAUUUAGAAUUGCAUGUCUCUGGACGUGUGGUUGCUGUGGCUACUAGAGUCCCUCCUAAAAGCUAUUCUGAUGGGAUUCAGAAAGAAGAUGUUGAAGAUCACAUUCAUGUUUUUCUUAGUUCAGAUGAAGGUCCCUUCCAUUCUAGCGCAGGAUUUUCCAAGGAUUCCCUUUUGCAUGUUGCAGUUGGAUCAAGGAUUCCACUUGGAACUAUAACUGGUUUGAGGACUAGCCCAGAAGAGGGGUCAUGCUUUGUCUACAAUAGCAGUGGUACAAAAACCCAUGUGAUAAUGAAACAUAGGACAAUGCUGGUUAAGCAUAUGCACUGGUAUCAAGUAGGAGAUGAAGUUUCUGUUUGUGAGUGUAGAUGUAGUAGAGCCCGGUUACCACCUAGCAAGUUUUGGCUGUUCGAGCCCCGCUGUGGCGUGCAUGAUAUAGGUGGUUGGUAUAUUGAAACAUUUGGCAGAGAUAAAAGAGGCCACACUGUGUUGUCCCAAAGGUAUUGGGAUGGUUUUGAUGCUAGCGAACAAUUUGACAAAAGGCUUCAUCCAGCAAUGUAUUUGCUUGCACUUGCAUAUAGAACUCUAGAUCUUGAAGAUGCAAAAAGAAGGAAGCGGACCUUCAGGGAUAUUUUUGACGUAUAAAUGUUCAGAAUUCUCAGCUGGUGCAAGAAACUUGUUUAGGAGGUGUAAAGUUGGGUACUUUCAGAAAGUGUAAAUGCUUCAGCUCUGUGGCAUAUCAGAAAUGCUUCAUUUCUAAUGUCAAAGGAUUGGUUGUUGGGAUGCAUUUGUCUCCAAUGGAUCAAGGCCGUAUUAGGUAUUUCUAUGAUAUCUUGGAGGCUUUAAAUUCUUAGCUAUUGUGAGGAAGUCAUUAAGUGAUAUAAUCCAGGGCUUUCAAGUUCUGGCAUUGUAAAUACUUCAAUGCUUCAGUGCCUGGAAAAUUAUAAAAGGUUCCAGUCAAAGCAUUAUCUAUUGAUUUUGCUUUGAUAUCCUAUAUUGAAUCAGUCACAAGAAAUCUUAGUUUCACUGGUGGUGAUUCUGCUGAAUCUAUCUUCUUGAAUCCUGUUAUGCUUAUUCAGAAAGAUGACUGAUAGAAUAUGUUGAGGAAGAUUGGCUCUUAUCCUGCCAAUUUAUGUGUGAGCUCUGGUCUUCUCUAAAAGCAAGCCCUUUUGCUCACUUCUUGUGACAAUAGUUCCUGAAGUUGUUAUUCAUCAGGCAUGAAUGUGAGAGGAAAAUUGGUAAUAAAAAAGAAGAGCCUACCAUCAUCCUGUUAUGAUUGUUCAUAAAGAUGAUUCAUGGGAUAUAUCGAAAGAAUGGAUUUCCUCCUGUGCUGCUAUAGUUCUUUCAACAAUAGUUCUUGAAGUUGUUCACUGUAGUUGUCCGUCAGGAUCGGAAAGGGAGAUGACUGUUUAAGUGGCGGUCAAAAAGGAAGAGCAGAAAUUCUAUUGAGAGUUCAUUUGGCUACAAUUUUGUUCAAAUGAAGGCUCACAUAGUAAAAUGAUAAUAUAGUUAAAAUCAAAUUAUAUGAUGUAGGUUUAUAUAUGCUGGAUUCACUUUUUUAUUUUGUUGUAUAUCUUGAUAAGCCUCAAGCCUUACGACUUACAUGGCUUCUCCAUUUCAAGGAUUUAAUACGCAUGCAAGUUGUAAAUUUGAUAUAUUGUUCUCCUUGAUACUGAUCAAUAAGUUAUCUGUU